AUGACUUCUGUUGACGAGAUCGCAGAGGACAAGGGUGAAACAGAAUGGAUAGCUUGGAAAGAUAGAGUUCUGGAUUCCAUGGAUGAAAUAGCUACUUUCGUCGCUCACCGUCGCCAGGGUGGUGAUCCCGACAGGAUUGUACACUAUUAUCGGGGCUCCUUUAAUAUAUGCAUUCAUAUUAAAUUUAAAGAUACUUUCCCUGAUGCUGUAAUCCGGUUUACUAAAGCUGGUGUCACAGCUUUGAGGGAUGAAAAGGUGGAGAAAGAGAUCGAGGGAAUACAUUUGUCAGACAUCUUGAAGAAGCCGACCGCGAACAGGGAAGAAAAGGAAAUUCCGAACCCUGAUGUCCAUGACACCACAUUGAACAUUGUGUACCGUCAGAUAGCCGAUUUCACGCUUCAACUUUACAACCUCGAUUUCACUCACAUCGGAGCUAUAUCGGAAGUCGUUGAAGGCGCAAAUACAUGGGCCGUCACUGGAAGGCCCUUGACACAUAAUAUGAAUGAACUGGCCACAUCCACGGGGUAUCCAAUUAACCGAUUCCCUACGGAGCGCUUUUCAUCUGCGAAUGAAUACUUCAAGAGUCUUGCAGACAAACACUUGGUCCACCUCCACACCCAGCGCAACCUCACCUCUGAUCCUAAGGAUGCUAGGAGGCGGUAUAUUGCGCGCCAUCUCUUUCAGCAGCUAGCGGCAAGAAACUGUAUCAAUGAGAACGGCCCCUUCAAGUUUUUUUGCGAUGAUCUCCGACCUGCUAACAUUCUGGUGAACAGUGAAACGCUCCAGAUCACUGCAGUCCUUGAGCUGGAGUUCACAAACGCUAUGCCCACACAGUUCGCUUACGAUCCACCCUGGUGGCUAUUGUUGGUAGGCCCUGAUACGUGGCUGGAGCGAGGCUACACCAUGGAAGAUUUUGUGGCUCAGUAUACACCUAGAUUGAAACAGUUUCUAUACGCCCUUGAGCAGAUAGAAGCUGAGAAGUGUAGGAAAAAGUCCAAUGUACAGCGCAUUUCCAAGUUAAUGCGCAACUCUUGGACGAGCGGAGAGUCCUGGUUCAAUUUCGCAGCUAGAAAGAGCUUGGAUGUGGACGCCAUCUUCUAUCACCAGUUACACAUGAUUUAUUAUGGGGGUAAAGCUAAUGUCGACUUGCUUGACGACAAGGUACGAGAAGGCUUAGAGUCAUUUGUACGGAUGAAGAUGGAGCAGAAGGCGGCCUAG